AUCUAAUACAAAAUAAUCCUUUUAAUGAUUUCAAUUUGGGCCACUGUAAAAAUUAGAAAAACUAAUAAUAUUUAUAACAAAUCUACAUAAAUAGAUAUUUUUAAUUCUAAAUUCAUAAUUAUAAAAAUAAAAUUCAUCAAGAAAUUUACAAUGUAAUUUGGAUAAUCUAGAAAAAUAUGAAUUUAUAGUUUUUUGUUUCUUCUUGAAGUUCAAGUCUACUAGAAGUUAAUCUUGAACUUUACUCGUUGCACUCAAAAUUUCCGGUAUCUAGUUGCACCAAGUAGUUUCAAAAAGUCAAUGCGAAUUUAAGCGCUUUCUUUCGUGUGACCGCUUUCAACGGUCUUGAAUCAUCAUCUCUUUUAUCCCCAUUCGAACUCCCAGUGACGUCGACCGUUAUUCUUUCUAAAUUUUGCGCCUCGGUACAGUGAAUACGGAUAAUUUGAUAAUUUAUCAUAUGAACUUUAAAUAUUUGGAAGAUAGAAUGAAUGUUUAUAAGGUAUUCAAAGUAAAUAUGUUCGUUGUAUACAGAACAAAAGUAAAUAUGUAUGAAUAUGGACGAUUAAGAUAAUAUCAUAAUACAAACAGCCUUGAUAGUUAAGUUUAUCAAAAUAUAACAAAUUAUAUCUACACAUGAAUUUAAUUAGCACACCAUGUAUGAAUAUGAUUUUAAGAUUGUAAAGUUAUUUAUGUGAACUAUAUACCGUAUACAAAAUCUCUUUAGAUUAAUAAAUUAUUAUUUUAUCAAUUGAAUAAUAACUAAUACAAAUUAGUAAUUUUCACUCGCCUGCAAAGUGCAAAGACGGAGCUAAAGAAAAGGCUUAAAAAAUGGCGGAUGUGGUGGGUGGGUGACUUUGUUUCCACACACCAUAUUUAUCUCUUCCUGCUAUCAACCACAUCUUCUUACUACACAGUUAGAAUAAAUCAAAAGAUAAAAAGCUUUGACCGAUUCCUCUGUAGUUAAGUUACUCAAACCUUUUUCCCCCAUUUGGGCAAUUUGGUUUGCCUCUGUUUGGAAAGCAAAGAGCCGAUCGUUCCAUUGACGUUCUGACAAAAUUGCUGGGACGCGAACAUAUCUGGGUUUUGGGUUAUCUCUCUUGACGACGAUAUCUUAAAAGGGAGUUUGCCAAUUUUGUUUUACCACAAACUUUGAGAAAUCAAACAGAGCGCGAACAGAAGAUGGAUACGAAUCCGGCGACCAUCAUACCGGAGGUGAUACUGAGCUCCAGCGGCCGGAGGAUGCCGUUGCUCGGAAUGGGUACGGCGACUUCUCCACUGAUCGGGUCCGGCGCCACCAAGUCUGCCGUCGUCCAAGCCAUUGAGUUGGGUUACCGCCACUUCGACACAGCAACCCUGUACCAGACAGAGGAGCCUCUCGGGGAAGCCAUCGCCGAAGCUCUGUCUCGUGGCUUAAUCCAAUCCCGCGACGAGCUCUUCAUUACCUCGAAGCUUUGGUGUAGCGACGCCCACGCCGAUCUCGUUCUCCUCGCCCUCCAGAAAAGCCUCCACCACCUUCAACUGGAAUAUCUGGAUCUGUAUCUGAUUCACUGGCCAGUGAGCUCGCGCCCGGGAGCGUACGAGUUCCCGAUCAAGAAGGAAGAUUUCAUGGCGAUGGACUAUGCAGCCGUGUGGGGAGCAAUGGAGGAGUGCCAGAAUAUGGGGCUCACCAAGAACAUUGGAGUCAGUAAUUUCACCUGUAAAAAGCUCACGGAUCUCCUUGCCCUUGCCAAGAUUCCACCGGCUGUUAAUCAAGUAGAGAUAAACCCACUAUGGCAACAGAAGAAGCUGAGGGAUUUCUGCAAGUCAAACGGGAUCAUUCUGAGUGCAUAUGCUCCAUUGGGAGCCAAAGGAACCGUUUGGGGGAGCAACAGGGUCCUUGAAAAUGAAAUCCUUGGAGAAAUUGCCCGUGCCAAAGGGAAAACUGUAGCCCAGGUUUGCCUGAGAUGGGCAUACGAGCAGGAGGUUUGCGUUGUGGUGAAGAGCUUCAACGAGGAGAGAAUGAAGGAGAAUCUUGACAUCUUCAGUUGGGCAUUUUCUGAAGAAGAGAACAAGAAGCUGAGUGAGAUCCCCCAAAGCAGAGGGUGCCAGGGACAAGAUUACAUCUCAGACCAAGGCCCUUUCAAGACAAUUGAGGAGCUCUGGGAUGGAGAAAUCUGAAUCUGGACUAUAGCUUCCUCUUCAUUUUUCUAUUUACCCUUGGCAGAUCAUAUCAGAGUUGAAUCAGUAUCAUUAAUAUGUAGGCUGUUCUUGUAAGAUAUUUCCCAGUAAUUCCACUCCUGGAACUCUGCCCCAGUUGUAACAGUAAAAAUAGCAUGGGAAAAAACUAAACCUGGCUUG